AGCGAUGGUCAUUCAUUUAUUCCAAAGCUAAAUGUAUUGAAACUUGUCUCUUUCAUUAUGGGUUUCCUUAAACACGUUUCAUGUGUUGUCCACUGAGGGGAAGAUUAUAAAACACCUGUUUAUAUGAAAGAUGUAAUCAAGUGCCAAAGCCGUCACACGAGUUGCCAUAACCAGCACACAGCACCAGAAUGUAGCUGCUAGCUUUUUUGUGUGAUCAUUGUGUCACUUCAGCAGAGUUUUAUGCCUUCAUUAUUUCUUUCUUCACAUACUACAGAAUAUUUGCUUGGUUUUAAGUUAUUUUAUUUAUUGUUUUUAAAGACAGAUUCUGUAAUGAAAACUAAUUCUGUAUAAGCUUCAUUUUAAUGUGAUAUUGAUUUGAUCGUUUUCUCAUGAGCUUCACAAAGUUUGUUCAGUUGAUUUGAUCACUAGUGAUGUGGCUGCUGUGUCCUCUCCGUGUACAGUUGAGCGACGUUUGAAAACCCUGAUGAAUUUGCAAUUUUUACAAUGGAUUUCUUUCUUAAGCACGUUCACAAUUAAUGUUUGUAUUUAAUGAUAUUUAAUGAUGUAAUCCGACAAGACAGAAGCCAUCUAAAUAAGCACGGUUUACAGAGGAUAAGACCCCGACGUGCACUGGUUAAGUGUUGAAAGUUGAAUCAUUGCAGAAAGAAUUCAGGGAUUUAGUGAUAACCUGUGAUGAAGUUAUUACAUAAUGGAAGUAGAUGGCUCAACAGUUGUUUUCUGUACCAUCUGGAUUUGAAGAGAGGGAAUGAGUCCCGGAGGUUUGGUGAAAACUGACAUCAAAAUGACUUGUUAAAUCUCUGUUUGCAAAACUGAAAUUAAAGCAAGAAUAUUCAACAGCAGGUGAAGUGUUCGUCUCUUUACAGUAACUCUGCGCACACUGCUGCAGUUUGUGUCUAACCUCUCAUCACAACCUGUUUCCAUAUCAAGCUGUUGAACUGUUUCUCUGUGGAACCUCCCAGCUGAAUGAGGAUUAAGCCUGAGCAUUAAAACUCACAUUGAGCCUCAUGUGCUUUUCACCCAUCCUGUCGUCUAAAAAUUUCACUCCGAGCUUGUACCGACAAAGGCUUCAUCGACUGUUAACAUGAACGUCUCGGAGAUCCACCAUGGGGUGCUGAGGAUGUACGGUGGAUUUAUUUUCAAACAGUGGAAAAAGAGGUUUCUGCUCCUGACAGCUGAGGGCAGUCUCCUGGUGUGUCACGAUGCCUCUUCCCCCCCUGACCAGCUGGUUCAGUUGCAGGGCGGUUGUGAGACUAUCGUUGAAGGCAAGGAGAUCCUCGACCUGCCUAAAUUACCCUCCGGUGGAAGCAGAGACUGCUGCUUUGCUCUGAUCCUCCCCCAGAAUAAAUACCUGCUGCUGAUGACUGAAAGCUCUGCAGAAUGCAGUCAAUGGGUGAAUACGCUGAAAAAAGUGAAACAGAGUGUCACAUCACCUCUCAGUCCUUGUAAAAGACAUCAGGUGAAUCCUCCACACAUCACCCUCAAAGACCUGGUGCCUGAGCAAAUCCUGGAAAAAGAUCCACCAACACCACCGGUUAUUGACACAGAGGCCAUCUCCCCAGGGCCCACAACAUGUGCCUCCCCCAGGGAUAAAGGCAGGAAUUCUCCCCGUUCAAAGAAUUACAAAGGAGGUGUGCACUCUGUCGGGUGUCUGCGUCAUGGCACCAUCAGCAACGCCCAAACAGCGAAGGCGGUGUACCUGCUGAUGGGAGGGGCUGCUGCUUCCUCCGCUAUGGGGUACCUCGGCACAUGCGCGCUCACUAAUCUUGAAGCCAAAGGUCCUGACAUGCCGCUCAACACGGAUUUCUCUGGCAUGGGACCAGCAGGCGCGUACCAUACCUGCGGCCCCACACUCGACUCCCCUCACUAUAACAGCUUUGACUUUGAGGUGGGAGACUCUGAUUUUGAUGCUUUUGAUUGUGGUGCAUUUACCUUCUAAUGAUGUACAGUACUACAGGUCAAGGUUAUGGAUCAGGUCAGCUGUAAUGAUGCUAUAAAUACUAUAUAAAGAAAUCAGGUUCUGUGAAGGUAAGUCAUUACUGUAAAACAGGUUUUAUUAUUUUUGCAAAGGCUUCAGUGGAAACCAGUGUUAACAUAAUACUGACCGGUACUCUUUUUUUUUUUUUUUUAAGAUUAAGUACAAAAUUGUUAUUUACAUAUGCAGCAGUAAUGAAGUAACAUUAACUUUCCUUUGGAGUUGUGUUAGUGGUCAAUGUCGCUGUCUUUUGGCUUUGUUUUUGGUCUCCACCAACCCCUAAGGGUACUAAUGUAGCUCCUUUGGAUUGUAAAUGUUCAUGCGAUGUUCACCAGCUAGUCGCUAACUUUGUCUGAUGUUAGGUGCUAGUGUGCGUAACGCUUAAAUCUGUUCCUCCAACCAAGCUUUGUGACAUGUUGAAUAUUUACCAUGUUUUGAAUUAUUACUGUGAUUGCAUGAAGUAUUUAAAAAAAAAACAUUUUGUGCUUAUGUCCACCCCUUGUAUGUGCAUUAUUUGUCACCAAAAUGACACUAUAUAUACCAUCAGUGAUUGUGACUGUGAUACAAAUACAUGUUCAAAAUGAUACAAGCCGGCAUUAUCCAUAAAUGUUUAUUACUAAUCCAUGGAUGAUCUUCGGGCAUUUGCAACCCGAUAAACAUAUACACCAUGUCUGUACCUUUGUUGGAGUUGUGCAUGUUUUAAACAAGGUGAAGAGAUUCAUAUCUGUAUCAAACUUUCAUUUAACCACUGGAAGUGAAAAAAAAAAAACUUCAAAGGGCUCUUCUGACUCUCUGCAUCCUCAUCUUUUGUGCAUGUUUUGUGUUUCUGUUACUGCAUUUUAUAUCUAUGUUAGGUUAAAAGCAAAAUUCUAUGUUACAUCCAUUUCAGGCUAUUUUACUUGUACGAAUAAAACAGACAUGUGAAAAUGAA